AUGGUGAAAAAGUUAAAGUCCAGUUCUUGUGGCCAUUUGAGGUCAGAUUUGGUUAAAGAUUUGAACUUUGGCAAGAUGAAACAUUGUCACACUUGGGUUUUUCAUUCUUUUAAUGGGGUUCUUGUGAUUGGACCCUUAUUGUUGUUGUUUCUUGUGGCAAUAGGGUCUGGUUAUUUCUAUAAUAUAUAUUCUUUUCCAGAACCAAUUGUUCAUGAGAAUGAAAAUAGAACAAGUGACUUUAGUGGUGAAUGUAAUUUUUUUGUUGGAAAUUGGGUGCCUGAUGAAACUUAUCCUUUGUACAAUGCAUCAGAAUGUCCUUUUGCUGAACAAGGUUUUAGUUGUUUAGCUAAUGGGAGGGAGGAUAAAGAGUAUCUUAAGUGGAGGUGGAAACCUAGGAAUUGUGAAAUUCCAAGGUUUGAUGUUCAUGAAAUCUUGGAAAAGUUAAGGGGGAAAAGGGUUGUGUUUGUUGGUGAUUCAUUAAGUAGAACUCAAUGGGAGUCUAUGAUAUGCAUAUUGAUGACUGGUGUUGAGGACAAAAAAAGUGUAUAUGAAGUCAAAGGAAGAAAGAUCACUAGACAGAUUAGGCAUUUACAAGUUCGAUUUAGCUCGUUUAAUUUAACAGUUGAGUUUUAUAGGUCAAUUUUCCUUGUACAACCUGGUGCGCCACCAAAACGUUCACCAAAGAGGAUCAAGAAAGCACUAAUGCUUGAUAAGAUGGAUGAUAUAAGCAAAGAAUGGAUUCAAUCUGAUAUACUAAUCUUUAAUACCGGUCAUUGGUGGACUCCGACGAAGCUUUUUGAACUGGGGUGGUACUUCCAGAUUGAUGGAAAGAUGAAACUCGGAAUGGCGAUAAAUGGCGCCUUCAAGCAUGCCUUAGCUACUUGGAAAUCUUGGGUUGAAAAGAAGGUCAACACUGACAGGACACGUGUAUUCUUUCGGACUUUCGAAGCUACUCAUUGGAGUGACCAAUCCCGCGAUACAUGCAAUGUGACACGACUGCCUUGGUCGGAAACCAACGGAAAGGAUGAGGAUCUGUUUUCAGACAUAAUUAUUGACACUGUGAGAAAUGUAUCCAGCCCCGUGACAUUGCUGCAUGUCACUCCGAUGGGGGCAUACCGGAGCGAUGCACAUGUUGGUACUUGGAGUGAUAAUCCAUUAGUGCCUGAUUGCAGCCAUUACUGCUUACCUGGUGUGCCUGAUAUGUGGAAUGAACUGCUUUUCACCUUCCUGUUCUCGGAUCAGAUAUAUUAACUUCACGGAUAUACAAGGACUUGUUUAACCAUUAACAAAUACAUCGUCGUCUUUGUCUUGAACUUUGCAAGGAUAUCGUCGUCAGUGAUUUCAUGUUGAUGCUGUCAAUGCAUGCUGCAGAUAACCUGUCUUGAUACAGACAACAUAUACCUUUUUCUUAUUAUUUGUAUAGUGGACUACGUGAAUAGUGAUGAUUCACGUAGCCAGAUCUCAACGUGCGUUGAGGUUUAGUUGUAGUAGUAUUAGUUGUUGUUAAUCAUGUGGUAGUUAUGGAGAGCUUGUACUCUUGCAAUUUAUUAGGAAUACAAAAUAUUUGAGUUGUCUCAAGUUAAAAAUUUGAUCUGUCAGGGUGGGCGUUCGGUCUAUUCGAUUCAGUUUGGUGAAAAUGUUAAAUUAAUCAAAUUGAAAUAAAUUCAGUUCA